AUGUCCGCAAAUAAUAAAAAAAGUGACAAAAGAGAUGUUGUUGAAGGAAACACGACGAUGAAUAGAACGCAUAGUAAUAAUAGUAUCACCAACACUAACAAUAAACAACACAUAAAUAGUACUACCAGUUCACCCAGUAGCACAAGCAGCAAUACAGUUGAAAAGGGUAAUAAAGGAAAAGUUGCAGCAGCAGCAUUGGCAGCAGCAGCUAUUGUGCCAUUCCCACUAAAAAGAAAUCAUUCUAGCAUGAGCAGCGGCACUGCAUCAGAGAAUAGCCCCAAAAUAACAAAUACCACAAAUAAAAAAAAGGAUAUUGAAAAUUAUAAAGUUGAUCCAGAUAGUGGGAUCAUCACGUGUAUUUGUGGAAUAGAUGAAGAUGAUGGCUUUACUAUUCAAUGUGAUAGUUGUUUCAGGUGGGCACAUGCAGUUUGUUAUGACAUUCAUUCUAUAGAUGCUGUUCCUAACACCUAUUUCUGUAAUGUCUGUUCGCCUCGGACUAAUAUUAAUGUUAAAAAGGCAAAAAAGUUGCAGACAGAUAGAAUAAAUAAGGCAAGGAAAAAAAGAAGAGGGAAUAACUCUACCGCAAGUACCAAUACGGAAAACAACACUAACAAGGAAGGGGCAUCUGGAAUAGAGAAUAGCUUAUCUGAUGAUAAUAGCAGCACUGCUAAACAUAAGUUUAAAAAUUCAAAGGAUUCAUAUGCGGGUGUUUAUUAUCCAUUGAAGGAAAAUGAGUAUUUGGACAAAUAUGUAGGAAUGUUUGUUAAUUCACAUAGUGACGACGAUUGGGUGAUUCCUGUAAAACAUUUUAUAAAUAAGGCAAUAGAAGUUAAACCUUAUAAAGAAGAUCGUCAAUUUAGUGGGAUCACUAAGUUAGGUGUUUUUUAUAAGGAUGAUACGUCAGAAGCAAAUGAAUAUAUCCACGAGGUUUUGGGACAUAUAGAUUUUCAAAGGAAAUACAUUGAAGAUUCAAGAAAUCAUUACAAAUUAUGGGGGGUAGCGAAACCCAAAGUAAUGUUUCAUCCACAUUGGCCUAUUUAUAUAGAUGGUCGUUUGGCCGGUAAUGACAUCCGUUAUUUAAGAAAAAGUUGCUAUCCAAAUGUAGAAUUAUCCACUAUAGUUGUCGGUAAUCAAGUAAAAUUUGUUUUGCGUGCUUUGAAAAGGAUAGAAUAUGGCGAAGAACUAUGCAUUCACUGGGGUUGGGAUUUAGCUCACCCUAUUUGGAAAUUGAUUAAAAACCAUAAUACUGUUUGUAGUGAAUUAGAUACAAACAAGGAUAGCCAGGUUGAUGAGGACGCUGUAAAGAAAAUACAGGAUUUAUCCGAAGAAGACAGAUGUUACUUGGUUAAUUGCAUUGAUUCUAUAUUAGGUGCAUGCAACUGUGCGUGCAAAAAUAGCAAAAAUUGUUAUUUGCACAUGGUCAAGAAAUAUUACCAACAUUUGAUUAAAUCUAUAAAGGGCAAAAUGAAUAAUAGAUAUAAAUUGAAUGAAAUCAUGCUUAAAAAGAAAAAUAGGGAGCCCAAGCAAACUUCAAUAUUAUCUAGAUUGGCAUAUUUUACUAUAACUAAUGCGGCCAGGGCAGAUAAAGUUUUGGCCACUUUUAGAGAACAAAAAAACGAUUAUAUUUUAUUGCAAAAUUCAGAAAACAUUGAUACUGGCAAAUUUGGUAGGAGUAAUAACGAGGUUGUAACUUCUUCCGGGGCCAUGAAUAAUGGUGAUAAAGAUGGUACCGUUGUUGCUAGUGCCGAUGGUAAAGAUAAUACGGAGGAAGAGUUCAAGAGUCCCAUUAGCAUUAAACCUUUUAAAUUAAGAUUCAAGUCAUCUGCCACUGCCAGAACUAGUACGGCACCUACAAUGACAUCCUCUACUAUGACAGUUGGUCCAAAUAUUACCCAGCUACAGACACAUCAUCAUAACGAUGGCCAUCGUCGGUCAAUUAAUUAUUUGAAACAUGGUAUUCCUAGAAGUUCAGGCGUGCAAUUAAAUAAUUUAUACAAUGAAGACGAUGUAAAGAGUUUGGAUAAAUUGCCUGUACCAAUACCAUUAAGAGAUGGAGUCUUACAAAUACCACUGUUAGCGGCAGCUGGCAAUAGUUCUGUUAGUAACUCCGCUGGUAGUAGUGGUACUUCAACUGCUAUAGGCAAAACUCCUGCAUUAGCUUUAUCUGCAGAGCCUAAUGUCGAAAAUUUGCUGCUAUUAUCUUCUUCUGCCGACAGAAUUGGUUCCUUGACGAACUACCAUGGAACAUCAGUGCCUGGGUUAGUUCAAGAUGUUGUACAUGUUAAUGGCGAUGAAACUCAUCUAGUUGACGAGAAUAAUUUUUUAUCAACAUCUGGAGCUAAUAAAAUGGAUGGUAUUAAACACAAUGAUGUUAAGGAUAUUAACGGUGAUAAUGGUCUUACUGGGGGUAAUUUAAAGAGUCCGAUGGUUGCUGCUCAUAAUAAAUUGGCUACUGUUAAUUUACAUAUGCCUACAUCUAAUAUAGGCAAAACAUCUUUAUCUUCUACUGCUUUGGAGAAUUUGUCAGGUAAGCCCUUUGAUGAAAACGAAAAUAAAAAAAAGAAAUUGUCUCUAGCUGAUUAUAAGAAAAAGCAAAAGCCGCUAUAA